AUGGCUGGACUCCUGAAAGGCCACCGUCAUGUUGCCGUCAAAAUAUUUACAAAUGAUGGCCAGAAUACCGAUGAGAUUGUCAUUUAUAAGCAUAUUAGCCAGGGAAACAAAUCAAGACUUGGCUACCGCUAUGUGCGUUCUGCUCUUGAUUCAUUCGAAUUGAUCAAUCGCGGUAACAUUAAAUCUGAUAAUAUUCUUCAUCUUAUCGAAGAUAGCUCUAUUCUUGCUGCUUUUGAAGAAGCCGAGAUUGCUCAACCCUCACCGCGCAGGAAAGCAGUAGAUCGAGAAAUAUAUGUUUCUCGGACUCUAGAUAUGCCAGCGUCUAUUGGAGAGCCAAUACUUUGCGACUUUGGAAAUGCGGUAUAUGGGACAAAAAUUAACAACGAUGACGUUUAUCCCGAUGUUUACAGGUGUCCAGAGGUAAUGCUUCGUCUCCCAUGGAGUUAUAGUGCUGAUAUCUGGAAUGUUGGCGCUAUGAUCUGGGAUAUCUUCGAGGAACUGAUAUCUCUUCUCGGACCACCACCACUGGAGCUCAUCAAGCGGGGUGAGAGAUCUGCGGAAUGGUUCGAUUGGAAUGGUAAAUGGCUUGAACCAGACGAAGAUGAACCAGAUCGCUUACCGCUUUUACCUCCUAGUAGUCUUGAGGAUGCGGAGGAGAAUCUCAAUGGGAUGGAUAAAGAGCUUUUCCUUAACUUUAUUAAGUCGAUGUUGCAGUGGGAACCGGAGAAGCGAAAGACGGCAAGGGAAUUGUUAAAAGAUCCCUGGCUGACUCGGUCAUAUUGA